AUGAGUCCUGGUAUCCUCAACGGAGAGCCUGCCGUUGGGCCUGACGGACCUCGGCAAAAGAGCAUGGCUACCGCGGAUACCCUCAGAGUUGGUUGCAUCGCUUUGGUCGAGAAGGACGGCCAAGCUCGUCGCGCCGAAAUCCUAAGCAUCAAGGACACCAAGAGCGGUCGCCAAUUCUACUGCAACUUUGACAACUUCAACAAGCGACUCGACGAAUGGGUCCCCUCAAGACGAAUCAAGUUCGACCACGAUGUCGAAUGGCCCAGCCCCGAUAAAGACAAGCCCAAAGAUGGAAAGGGGAAAAACUCGACCGCACCCAAGAAGAAGGUGACAGGAAACAAGGCCCAGAAGCGACCUGGGAAGAGGGAACAAUCAGUCACAUCCGAAGCUGUAACGCCGCGUCCAUGGCCCGAGUUGAGCGAGAGCCAGACCCAGAGCAGACCGUCGACACCGCGUGACCUCGAGCUGAAGACAGGACAGACACCAGCUGCUAUUGGCGAUGAGAUGGAUCUUGACGAUGACAACAACACACCAGAAGUGAAGAAAGAGUACGAGCCCUUCAGCAGAGAACGUGAGAUCGAGAAGCUACGAACGGGUGGCUCUAUGACGCAAAAUCCUACCGAGCUAGCUCGAAUCCGAAAUAUCUCCAAGGUACAAUUUGGGCCAUGGGACCUGUUCCCGUGGUAUUUUUCUCCAUACCCAGAGUCCUUCACCCAGGAAGAUGUCAUAUUCAUCUGCGAAUUCUGCCUGAGCUACUAUGGCGAGAAGAAGCCCUUUUGUAGACACCGGCAAAAGUGUUCUUUGCAGCAUCCUCCCGGAAACGAAAUCUAUCGAGACGACUACGUUUCAUUCUUCGAAAUCGAUGGUCGCCGGCAACGGACAUGGUGUCGGAAUCUGUGCCUGCUGUCUAAGAUGUUCCUUGACCAUAAGACGCUAUACUACGACGUGGACCCUUUCCUGUUCUACGUGAUGACACAAAAGACUGAAAAGGGCCAUCAUCUGGUUGGCUAUUUCUCCAAGGAAAAGGAGAGUGCAGACGGAUACAACGUGGCUUGUAUUCUGACCCUGCCACAAUAUCAACGCAAGGGAUUUGGUCGGCUACUGAUUCAGUUCUCCUACGAACUGUCCAAGAUCGAGGGCAAGCUGGGGUCCCCUGAAAAGCCACUCUCGGAUCUGGGUCUUCUCAGUUACCGACAAUACUGGUCAGAGAUGAUCCUCGACCUACUCCUGGAGUACAACGAGCGAGACGAGAAGUCAAGUAUUGAAGCUAUCUCGACUGCGCUCGCCAUGACCACCCAGGACGUCGAGCAUACCCUCCAGGCACUCAAGAUGCAAGCUUACCAUAAGGGGGAACACAAGCUAGUCAUUCCAGAGUCGAUGAUCAAACAGAGGGGCAUGGCCAAGUUGAAGCAGAAGCGAUAUAUCGCCCCGGAGCGUAUCCAGUGGAAGGCCCCUGUCUUUACCGCUUCGACACGGACGUGGGGCUGGUAG